GCUGGAAGAAGCUCUUCCAUCCAGAAGCUCCCUUAACCGCACUGCAAGCGGUGAACCCCACGAUCCCACUAGCUAGAUGGACGCGGCUAGGCAUAUCCCAAAUUCAUAAAAUGUGUAACGGUCAACAAGUCAUGGACUUCCCCGAUAUUCAAGCCAAAUGGGGAAUCCCAGGAAAAGAUAUCUUCCCCUACUUACAGCUAAAACACACUAUUACAGCCCACGUUCAGACUGAAUCACUCACUAUACCUGCCACUAAGAUUGCAGCCAGAUUAAUACCUCACAAAUGCUGGACCGCCCCAUUGAAACCCAAAGCCCUCUCACUUUGCUAUAAG